GCAUCCUGAGAUCCUUCGGCUUCCUGGGCGCCUUCGUGGCCUUCGUGAUUAUUCUCUUACUGAUCUCUGGCGGCGGCGUCGCGCCCAGCUGGCUGGUCGGCGACGUGGGCGAUGCGGACGGUCGCGAAGUGGCCCGGAUUGCCAACCAGAUGCUCGCCGCGGAGGAGCGCAAGCUCGCGAAGUGA